AUGACCAACCAAAAUAUGGUGAUUUCUGAUGCAAAAUCAAGCCUUGCAAUGGCAACUGCAGUUGCUAUGUCUGAAUCUAAUCUCUACUCGCCCGCCAUGCCUAAGCCACUGGUCGCAGCGAAUGGCUACUUUGCGAGAAAAAAGUUGAUUAAAAAGGUUGAAACUAAUGGAGGAGGAGGUGCCAGGAUUAACGCCUUUAUUGAUUCAAUGCGGGCUUCUUCGCCAACUUGUCGAGCCUCUGAAACUGAAGAUCAAAAGUCUUGGAUUAUUCAUCAUCCAUCGGCUUUAAGCAUGUUCGAGGAUAUCAUGAAAGCUUCAAAGGGCAAGGAAAUAGUGGUGUUUCUUGAUUAUGAUGGUACAUUAUCACCCAUUGUUGAGGAUCCCGACCAGGCCUUCAUGACUGAAGAGAUGAGAGAAGCAGUGAGGGAUGUAGCCAAAUUUUUCCCCACAGCCAUUGUCAGUGGAAGGUGCAGAGCCAAAGUGUAUGAUUUUGUGAAAUUAUCAGAGCUCUAUUAUGCAGGGAGUCAUGGAAUGGACAUCCAAAGACCAACAAGAGGACGCAAAAAACAAAGAAAGGGAAAACAAUCUGUCUUCUGCCAGCCUGCCAGAGAAUUUUUGCCAAUGAUUGAUGAGGUACACAAAAUUUUGUUGGAGAAAAUCAAACUUAUCCCAGGUGCGAGAGUUGAAAACAACAAGUUUUGUCUGUCCGUACACUUCCGUUGCGUCGAUGAAAAGAUUUGGGGCGAAUUAGGGGAGCAAGUUAGAGAAGUGAUUAAUGACUAUCCAAAGCUCAGAUUGAGCCAAGGGAGAAAGGUUUUGGAGAUACGUCCCGCUAUUAAAUGGGACAAGGGGAGUGCACUUGAAUUCUUAUUAGAGUCGUUAGGUUAUGACAACUCAAAUAAUGUUUUACCGGUUUAUAUUGGCGAUGAUCGCACCGAUGAAGAUGCAUUCAAAGUUUUGCGCAAGAGAGGACAAGGUUUAGGAAUUCUAGUGUCUAAAGCUCCUAAAGAAACAAAAGCCUCGUAUUCUUUGCAAGAACCAUCCGAGGUUAUGUACUUUCUCAAACGCUUAGUCGAAUGGAAAAAAUCAUCCUUAAUAGGGCAUUAG